AUCUUCUCAUUCCACACAAUUUCAGGAAUCGUUGAGUCUAUACCUAUCACUCAUACACUGGUCAUUGAUUGACAGUCUCACUUAGCGGAUUCUCAACUUAAUUUAUACCUUGCUGAGCUCGACUGCUCUAUUUAUAAUGUCGAAGGUGUUCAUCGUGACCGGCGCUAGUCGGGGUCUUGGCCUAGCCGUGGCGCAAAUAUUAAUUCAGGCUUCGCACAAAGUGUUCCUCGUUGCUAGAACGGAGAAGAACUUGCAGCAGUUGAAGACGCAACAUGCUACAUCAGUUGAUUUCAUGGCCGCCGACUUAGCAGACUUGAAGGUUGCUCCAAAAAUCAUCGAUUCAGCUGUAAGAGCCUUUGGCAAGAUAGAUGGGAUCGUCGUGAAUCAUGGAGUCUUGGCUCCAAUCACUAAGAUAUCUGAAUCUAGUGUUGAGGAAUGGAGACACGCCUAUGACAUUAACGUCUUCAGUGCCUUGGCACUUAUCAAAGAAGCUAUCCCUGAACUUCGAAAGUCACAGGGCCGAGUUGUUUUCGUCUCAUCUGGCGCAGCUUUUGGCGCAUAUGCAGGAUGGGGAUCAUAUGGAACCUCCAAAGCAGCUCUUACACACCUCUGUACACAUCUAGCCGUGGAGGAACCUUCUAUCACCAGUGUAGCAAUUUCGCCUGGUAAGGUUGAUACCGAGAUGCAGAGGCAGAUAAGAGAUGACGGCAAAUCCGGGAUGUCACCGGAGAUACACGCCAGUUUUGUAGACGAACAUGAGAGCGGCAAACUUCUAGACCCUAAGAAGCCAGGGAAUGUGAUAGCCAAACUGGUCGAAGGUGCUACCAGUAAUCUCAACGGCAAACACUACCGUUGGAAUGCAGCAGAGCUAGCCAACUUCCAAGGCGCAUGACGCACAAAGCAGAAUAAAAACACUAGUCAUGCAGCAAGUUAGCUAUGGUGGAUAUUCUAUUUGCUGCAUAGGUAAAGGAAAGAGAAGCAUUGCUUCAGCCGAAAGAU